GUGUGUGGGUUUUUUUGCGGAAAAUAAAAAGUGUAUCACGACGCUGAAUCUCUUCUGCUGUUGAAGUUUAUAUCGUAGUAUGAACUAAACAAAAUACAAAAUUGUUUUGUGUGCUUUACCGUUUAACAAGAGAAAUUAUGAAUAAUAUUAAUGUAGUUCCGUUGUGCCUUAUCGUAAUUAUUGCUAGUGUUUUCUUAGUAAAUUGUGAUGGUCAAUGCAACUGUGCUGAUUUGGCAUUUAUAAGGCAACUUCUUCAACAGGAAAUGUUUGAAAGAAAACUUGAGAUGAGUAAAUUACGUUCGGAACUGCAGACGAAAGUAAAUGGAGCUGAGUUGAUUGAAACGGAUUCAGUCAAAGAUACACAUAUCCACAUACGAGUAGAAAGACUUGAAGAGCGAUUUGCUGAAUUUGUAAAUGCAAGCAACGUUGAACAAAAAGCUGAAACAGAUGAUGAUGAUGAUGAUGAUGAUAAGGCAAAGCUAACCACUCAAAAGACUAGGGAUUUCCAAUCAAGAGUACGAAAGGCUAUAAAACACGAGAAAGCUGAAAGACUAAAAUUCAUUGCAAGUGUUCAAAAUGAAACUGAAAAUAUGAAUCGCAAUAUUUCGCUUUUCAUGAAAACAACUGAUGCGUUUGUUAAAGACCAAGUAAGUAAAUGGUCUGUUUACUAUAACCAAUUUGGAAAGAAUUACUCGCAGGAGUUUACAGAAUUGACAAGAUCGGUUGAGGAUAAGUUACAAAAUCAAGCUACAGCAACAGAAGCAAGUGUGAAUUACAUCAAUGACACCGUAGAUGAGCUUAAACAAAACUUGCCAAGGAAAUUAGAUAGCAUUAUGGUCAAUGCAAACGAUAUCAUUAAUGAUAAAAUCCUGAAAACCGAAUCCGUUCUUCAAGAAAUGCAAGCAAAUGUUACUGAUGUAAGAAAACAUGUAGAGAACGAAUCGGUUGCCAUAAAUUCCCUUGAAGCUAAUGUUGGUGAUUUAGACACAGUUGUUGAAAAUUUGAAAAAUACAGUAUCUGAGCUAAAAGAUCAACUGAAAGAACAUAUUAAAAUUUCGGACAAGCGAUUUAGCAUAGUAGGCAAAGAAAUUGGGACUUGCCAUAGUUAUGGAGGGCAAUGGAUACUACAUGAAAAACAAUGCUAUAGAAUUGGAACAGGCCUUACUACUUGGUUUAAAGCCAAAGACCUUUCUGGAUUGGAAUACAUGACACUCAAGAGGAAAACAACUGGCAGUGGAGCUCAUCUAACGGGAAUAAAAGACCUGGUGAUUUCUUUAACUGGGCACCUAAUGAGCCAAACAAUGCUUACAACAACGAGGAUUGUGGUACUAUAUAUGAUAACGGCCAAUGGAACGACCGUACUUGUUCGGAUUUUUUACCUUUUAUCUGUGAAGCAGCUCCACAAAUUGAUUGACAUGGUUCAUAUAUAUUCGCUGCUUUGACAUUUUUAUCAAUACUUAAACAACAUAUUGUAUAUGAUAGUUAUUCCAGAUUGAUAUUGUAAUUUGUAGAUGAUAAACAUUAGAUUAAAUAAAUGCUUCGUUAUUGCAGCCUUCCUCUGAACCUAAAGUAUUCCUCGCUGAGUUGUUUGACAGUUGACAUACACCCCUCCUUUCC